AUGGCGUCUGCCCUCUUCAACUUCAUAUUCUUCAUACUAUUUCUUCUCCCUUUCUGCACUCUUUCUCAAAACGAUGGCACUGUAAAUGUGGGCACCUCUCUUGCUGCAACAGAGAGGUCCACUCCAUGGCUUUCACCUUCUGGAGAUUUUGCAUUCGGGUUUCAGAAACUUCAAGACAACGAUCAAUUUCUACUUUCUAUAUGGUAUAAUAAAAUACCAGCAAAAACCAUAGUAUGGUAUCCGAAGGAUACAAGUCCAGUAUCACGUGGAUCGACUGUGGAGAUUGAUGCACAAAAUGGGCUGGUGCUUCUUGAUCCUCAAGGCCGCCGGCUAUGGCGUACAGAAAAUAUUGUUGACAAUGUUUCUCAUGGUUUUAUGAACGAUACAGGAAAUUUUGUUAUAGCGCGUAGUGAUUCAAGCGGGAUAUGGGAAAGUUUCAAAAAUCCAAGUGAUACGAUGCUGCCCACGCAGAUAAUUGAGAUUAACGGUAUGCUUGUUUCACGAACAUCUGAAACGAAUUUCUCUCGAGGAAGAUUUCAUCUUGACUUGCUCAACGAUGGGAAUUUAGUGCUUAAUACUCGAAGUGUGUCGAGGAAUUCGGGUUUUGAUUAUGAGUAUUACAGCAGUCAAACUUCUGAUCUUGGAAAUGCAUCGAAUUCUGGUUUUCAAGUGAUCUUCAAUGGAAGGGGCUCAAUUCAAGUCUUGAGGAGAAAUGGCGAACGAAAAGCCUUAACUACGGAGCGAUCAAUUCCAACAACUUCGGAUUAUUAUCACAGGGCAACUCUUGAUUUUGAUGGAGUUUUCAGACAGUAUUAUCAUCCCAAGAGUUUCAGUGGAAAUCCUGGGUGGACUGCUGCUGAAUAUUGGCCCGAAAACAUAUGUGUCAGCAUUAUUGGAAAUGUUGGAAGUGGGGCUUGUGGGUAUAACAGUAUCUGCAGACUUCAGAAUGGAAAACCAAUUUGCAGAUGCCCUCAAGGUUAUUCAUUGGUUGAUCCGAACGAUGCUAACGGUCAUUGCUACCCGAAGUUCAUGCCAAGCUGCGGUGAAGAUGAUCAGAAGGGUUCUGCAGAAGAUUUAUACGAAAUGUUGGAGGUUUCUGAUACUGAUUGGCCAACGUCGGAUUUUGAGGAAACAAGCCCUUGUUCAGAAGAUUGUUGUAAAAAUGUCUGCCUGAAUGAUUGUUUCUGUGCCGCUUCAAUUUAUAAAGAUAAUAAAUGCUGGAAGAAGAAGCUGCCUCUGUCUAAUGGAAGACUUGACACUAGUGUUAAUAAGAAUGUCUCACUUCCAAAUGGCCAAGCUUCUGUGGAGAAUGCAUUGGAAUACUCACAAGGUUACUCCAAAACUCAGUUUGAGGGGAGAUCUACAUAUCAAGAGCAUUAUGAUUUCUUCCAGCCUUCACUCAUUCAAAUCAACAGCAGCAAAAUGCAUCUUUUUUUGUCAUCUCAUGACGAUUCUACUGCUCACUUGGAAUCACCACAAAAGCAGAAUCAUGGAGAUUCACAAACAGUAAGACCUGUUCUUCCAUCUUACACUUUACCAGUGUAA